AUGUUUAAUGCAUGGUUGAAACAUGGACAUCGAACAGCCAUAGGACAAGUUUCCAAAAUAGUAGUAACAGCACCAAUAUCAUUUGAAGUCAUCACGCUGCAUCCAUCAGUACCAACACCUACACAUAGUUUUGAAUCUAAUCCGAUCAUGCCGAAAAAAAGAGAAAAUUUUUGUCAGUUAAAUAUAACUGCUGCAGUUAAUGCAGUUUUAAAUGACGGUUUAAGUAAAAAAGCAGCUGCAAAAAAAUUUGCCACUGUAUUGUCAGAUAAAGAGGAAGAAUUGUUACAAACUUGGAUAAUUGAAAGCUGUAAAAAAGGUUUUCCAAGAAGAAAAGAAGAUUUACAAAUGAGUGUGAAGCAAUUUUUGGAUAUAAACUACAGACAUACUCCUUUUAAAAAUAAUAUGCCAGAAUGGUUCUCUGACAUCCAUCAAUAUCUAGUAGAUAAAAAACUUGAUGACAUAUUGCAAGAUCCCACUAGAUUAUUCAAUGGUGAUGAAACUGGAUUCUCGCUAUGUCCCAAAACCAAAUCAGUUUUAGCUCCAAAAGGAGCUAAAGAUAUUUAUGAGGUAGCAGUAGGUAAUGCUAAAGAAAAUCUUACAGUUACGUUCACAUUUAAUGCUGCUGGUGACAUGUGCCAUCCGAUGGUAAUUUAUAACUAUCAGAGAAUCCCACAAGAUAUUGUAAAUUCUGUUCCUCCCAAUUGGGGAAUAGGUCAUUCCGAAUCAGGUUGGAUGAAAUCUGAGGUUUUUUAUGAAUUCAUUGCGAAUAUAUUUUACCCUUUUGUAGUUGAAAAGGGAAUAACAUUUCCUAUAAUUUUAUUUGUUGAUGGCCACAAAAGCCAUCUUACCUAUCAAUUAAAGGAGUUAUGUACAAGUUUAAAUAUUAUAUUAAUUGCAUUAUAUCCAAACUCCACUAGAAUUUUACAGCCAGCUGAUGUGGCUGCAUUUCGACAACUUAAAUCUGGUUGGAAAAAAGGAGUGUUUGAGUGGAGAAAAGACAAUAAUUUAAGUACAGCUGUAACUAAAAAAGAUUUUGCCCCUAUAUUACAAAAGGUAAUUGAUGAAACUGUUAAAGCAGAAACUUUAAUUAAUGGUUUUAAAGCUUGUGGAUUGUACCCUUGGAAUCCUGAUUCUAUUGAUUUUAAAAAAUGUAUUGGUACUAAUACAAAAAAAACUAAAUUAGUCAACGAAAUUAAUAAUACACAAUAUCAAUGUCCUCUUACUCUUGAACAAUUCUGUAAUACUGUAAGUCCUGAAUGUAUUAAAAAGUUUGAAAAUUUUAAUGAUAUUGUUAAAUCUAAUGUUAUUAGUGAAGAAUUUCAUACAUUAUAUAAAUUGUAUCAAUUACUUAAAUCUAAUGAUAAAAAUAUGUUAAAUAGUGGUGUGAAGUGUAUUACAGAGGCUAGUGAGCAGAAUUUAUUAGAUUUUAUAGAAGACCAAAAUGAAGUAACUAUAAUUGAUGACAGUUUUUUUGAUAGUAGUAAAGAAGUUUUUCAAGAUGCAAUAGAGCAAAACAAAAUGGAUGUGUGUGUAGAAGCCAAUAAAGAGAAAACAGAUUUUAUUUGUAAUGAAAUAGAAAAUACAAGAAAACAGGAUGAAAUUGAAAUUAGUAUAGAGAAGAAUGUAGUUACACCCAGACAUUUAAAUGGAAAAACUUUUCAAAUUUCUCCUUUAGAAUCAUGUCUUGUGUGGCCAGUUACUCCAGAAAGGAAAGGUAAACGUAAUGUUGAAAGAGUACCAUAUGUUGUAUCAUCUAAAAUGUGGAAAAGUAUGAACCAGUCUAAAGAAGAUAAAAAGAAACAAAUUGAGCUUGAAAAAGAAAAUAGGAAAAAAAACAGAAUACAUAAUAGAUUGCUUAAAUCGAAUUUGGUCAAUGAUAAAAAAUUAAAAACUGUUACUAAAUCAAAGGAUGUGAGAAUAUAUUUCAAAAAGAUAUUGUGUAUAAGAAAAACCAUCUGA